UCAUAAUUUCUUGUUAUGUACUUUUCUGUGUCUUCAAAGAAAAAAUUGAGAUCUGUAACCUGGACAAUUUCCUGAAAGAUAUGGGGAUUGAGGUUACAUAUGAGGAAUAUACAGAGCUAGUAAAUCAUCUCCCAACCAGUGCUGAUGGGAAGGUAACUCAACUUCAAUUGAUGGAUACCAUAAAGACUCUUAAAGGAGACAAGGUUAAUGCUAAAAAGCCUAACAAUAUUCAGGAGAAGUUGGGAGUGGAACUCACAAAUAAGGAAUCUUGGAAUCUACAAGAACACUUACCAGUUGAUGAGGGAAAGGUUGCUAUUGAUAACCUUGACACCAUUCUAGAGAAAAUGGAAAUGAAUUUCUCUGAUAAGGAAUUUGAAGAACUGUCACACAAUUGGCCAGCUGAUGGGAAAGUGAAACGUAUUAAACUAGUGCAUGCAGCUAUACCUGUUACAGGAGAGACAGUAGAUAUCAGAGACUUGGACAACGUACUAGGAAACAUGGGGAUUGAACUUACCAAAGAAGAACUUGGAGAGCUGACAAGAAACCUUCCAGUUGAUGCUAAAGGGGAGACUGAUUUGAAAUCAUUGAUGGAUACAGUGCAAGUUAUUACAGGAGGAGAAGUUGACUUCAAUGACCUGGAAAAUGUCCUGCAAAAUAUGGGGAUAGAGCUCACAUCUAGAGAACACUUGGAGCUAGAGAAAUUACUUCCAAUUGAUGCUAAUGGAAAAAUAUAUAAGAAUAGGUUGCUGAAUUGUGUGAAAGGUAUAAAAGAGUUGCAAGUCAAUGUUCAUGACAUUGACAGUAUACUCGGAAACAUGGCAUUCAAACUCACAGCUGAGGAACUUAAUGAUCUAACCCCAAAUCUACCAGUGAAUGGGAAGGUUGAUAUAAAAAACCUGAAGACCGUUCUAGACAACAUGGGAAUCAAGCUCACAGAUAAAGAACUUGAAGAUCUGACACAAAGCCUGCCAGUCGGUGCUGAUAAUAAAGUGGCUCUGAAAGCAUUGGAGGAUGAAGUGAAAGCUUUUACUGGGAAGGUUGAUAUAAAAAACCUGAAGACCGUUCUAGACAACAUGGGAAUCAAGCUCACAGAUAAAGAACUUGAAGAUCUGACACAAAGCCUGCCAGUCGGUGCUGAUAAUAAAGUGGCUCUGAAAGCAUUGGAGGAUGAAGUGAAAGCUUUUACUGAAAGAAAAGUGAUCUUAAAAGAUGUAAUUGAUGUUUUCACGAAUUCACCUAAACCAUCCACACCAUUCAACAAUUUAUUUAGAGAGAUUAAAACUCUUGAUAGUAUCAGAAAUGAUACAAUGCCUGUAAAUGAACUGAGCUCCAAACUUUUGAGUGCCGGAAUUCCAGUAAGCAACAAGACGUUCCAAGAGAUCUUGAGACAAGCAUCUGUUGAUGAAAAUAAUAAUGUAAGUCUCAAGAAAAUUUUGGAGAAUUUGAACACAAGUAAGCCAACUUCUGUAUUUGAAGAUAUAGACACUGCCCUCAGUACUGUCAGCUUGAUGAACUGUGACAGAGUUCAAGUUAGUGACUUGAAAAAUGCUUUUGAGGACCUCAAUAUUUCUUUAAAGCCUGAAGAACAUCAGAUGUUAGUGAAAACACUUGACGCUGAUGAAAAGGGAGACACUUCCCUAAAGAGUGCCAUUUUAGCAUUGAAAAGCAAUAGGCGUUUACAAGAUUUUAGAGAGGUUAACAAACUUGCAAAGGCCUUAGACAAAGUCACCAAUGAAAAACUUGAUGCUGAUGAUGUAAAUUCUGUACUGAAAGGCCUGGGGAUUUAUUUUCCAGAGGAAGAAUUACAGGAGGUGCUUGGAUCCGUUUGUGUUGAUAAAGAGGGGAAAGUGAACUUAAAAGAUUGCCUGAGUCAGUUGAUGCAAACGCCGUAUUUUACUAAAGCUUCAAAAACAGAAGACUCCUUGAAAGUUCUGGCCUCCGUUAAGAAAAAUGUGGCAAACCCUGAUGACCUAGACUUCAUGUUGAAAACUGUAGGAGUUCCAUUACCCCAAGAUGUGAUUCAAAGAGCACUGAAGAAUGUGGCUCCCAGGGAGGAUGGGACAGUGAAUUUACAAGAGUUUAUGAGCAAUUUGGUCAAUUCAGGAUUUUCAUCUCUUCCUGAAAAGGGUUGCAUCUAUGUUCUGGGAGACUUAUGUGGAGGUGCAGGGGAAAAGGAGGUGCCCGCUAUUCAGAUAUUUUUAUGAUAAUAUGUCUGUUUU